GGGGUGGGACGGCGACGAUCGGCGCGCCCUCCUUGAGGAAAGUUUCUCUCUAGCAGGAUGCUGGCAGGGUAGGUGAGGAGCCCGGCUCCUUGGGGAGCGAAAUUGCCUCCAUGCACGGUGCAGCCAGCCGUCGGUUCAUCGCGAAAUCCCUCUUCUGUUAGAGGGCACGGCCUGGUGGACAACUCCGUGCCUCCUCAAACGGCACAGAAGCUGAGGAGGAGAGCUGCGGGCCGCUGCGGGGAGCGUCUUUCCGUUUAAAAGAAAUCACAGACUGAAAGGAACGUGCCCGUGAGCAGACGGAAAGAGCCACCGUAAACUAAACAGCAAGUUUCAGAUCUGAAUUGGGCGUGAUUAUUGUAUUAGUUUUGUGUAUUCGAUACAGGAACUGUAACAAAACAAAACAAAAACUUGCUGACCUACAAGUUGAAGUCCGUGUAGGACCGGGCUGCCGCCGCUGCGCGGAGAUGCGCGGUUCGGAGCGAGCAUCGCUGCUGCUCGUCGGAUUGCAUCUCCACAGCCUGCAAGUGGUCUUUUCAGCUAACACAGGUACAUCUUCAAAAUGGUGUUUUGGUUUUGGCUGCUCAUUUCUGAUUGGGUCCAAAGAGAACAUACGCAAUUCUGAUUUCUAAUAAACUGUGUAAGUUCUCGGUGUUUUAGGGGGAAAAAAAAAAAAAAAACUUUCCAGGAUUGACUGAGUUUUUAAAAAUUUGUGAUGAUAUUGUUGAUACCUUUAUAAACUGUAAACCUUACUUUUAGGAGUCUCAAUUCUAUCUAACACUCACAGGUGGAUUCGCUCAUGCCACAAACAAAUAAAUAACAAUCAAAAUCUCCUGAGCACUAAAUAUCUUUUAGUGUUCUGUGCAUUUUAGACUUCCUUCAGUCUCACUUUUUGUGCCAAGAGCUCCUGUUGCCUUGUGUGUGUAAUAUGAGGAAUACAAGACUGCAAGGAGUGCUUUCAAAAUGUGCUCAGUCUAUAAGCAGGAUAUUCCUGAAUACACUGACAUGUAAAAGUCUUAAACGUUUAACCAUAGCCAUGCUGUUUUAGUACCUAGGUGCUUACUGCAGCACAUUCUUUCCACAAGCUGCAGAACGCACUUUUGAUCCUAUUCAUGUAGAGUGCUUUUCAAAAGGUUGUAUAUCUAUAUGUGAAUUAUAUCCAGUAUGUUUAGAAAAUAAGUAGACUGAAGUGUUUAAGGGUUUCCAGUAAAAUGGUGAUAUUAUCACAUAAUGAAAUGGUGAUAAUAUCACAAGUGAUAUUAUGAGAGCAAGUGGUAGUUAUUGCAGUAAUUAAGAGAUUACAGAAGUGAACAAGGAAAAUAGCACUGCAGAAUCAGUGGAAUGUCGAUCUGCUAAAAAUCAGUUCACCUAUGUGCUUGCUUAGGGUCUGAACAGUCGUCUUGUCAAGACUUCCCUACAUUCAAGAAUGACUGAAAUGUUUUUCUGAUUAUGGUUUGUUUUCAUCUGUGUUCGUGUGUGGCUUUUUUUCUCUGUGUUGCUUUGUUUUUUUUUUUGUCUUGUUUUGGUUUUUUAGGUUUCUCUAUGUCUAUAUAUGACGUGACCUCAAGAAGCAUUUAUCUCAGAUGGUCCAAGUUUUCAGGAGCCUCUUCUUACAGAGUCACAGCUACAGCUGUGAAUAGUGUAGGCCAUUCUUUACUGGCUUAUUUUAGUGAUGGGACACUUAAGAGCACUCUAACUUCAUUAAUUCCCAAUACUGUCUAUGCUAUACAAGCAGAAGCCAUUGACACGAAUGGAAUUACUCUGGCAGAAACACAGACUGUGCAAUCAACAGCUCCAGACGUUCCUGUUAUUGAUCAAGCUUACUCAAAACUUAGCAAUAGUAUCACAGUAGAAUGGAGAGCAGUACCUGGAGCUACUAGUUAUCUACUGGCUGCACAGGAUGGAGAUUCCUGCAUUGAAACUGUAGUCACAAAAUCACCAGGUACAGUGAUGGGAUUGGAACCAGCCACCUGCUACAGAAUCACCAUCAGGUCUGUAAAUGCAGGAGGAAAGAGCCGCCCUUCACCUUCCAGAAAAACAACAACAGUCUUGUCUGCUCCAGUUCUGUCUGCAAGUUCCCCGAGCUGUGAUUCCAUUGCAGUGAGCUGGAAAGCUGUGUAUAUGGCAGUUGGGUUCUCUGUGUCCCUGAUGAGAUCAGACGGUUUGGGCAGAAUGCUGAAGCAGAACACCACCAAUACCUCCUUCGUAUUUUCAAACUUAGAUCCAGGAACUCUCUAUACUAUAAAAGCUUAUGCCUGGAAUGCCAACGGCCUUCCUGGAGAUGAUUUCACAUAUAACCAAAGAACAAGUCCUAAGGCACCAGCAGAUGUUCAAGUAGCGUUCAGUAGCGGAGCUUUAAGAGCUAUUGUUUCUUGGAUGCCAGCAGAAGGAGCUCUGACUUACAGUGUGACUGCCUCCAGUGGACUGUUGAAACUGAAGUGUAACACAUCUUCUUCCUCCUGCACAGUACCAUCGCUCCAGUGCGGGUCUGAGUAUUCUGUUUCUGUCACAGCACAUAAUGAUGCUGGAUCCAGUAAUCCUACUGAUGCAGUGAGCUUAAAAACUAUUCCUUGUGCACCAGGAAAUAUAUCAAUUAAAGAUGAUGAACAUGGAAACUUAUUGGUAUCAUGGUCUAGAGUAAAUUUUGGACAUUAUUAUGUGGUUUUUGUGAAGAGCGACGAUGGCUUGGAAGUAUAUUGCAACACAUCCCACACACAGUGCCAUUUCCAGUCAGACUGUGGUUUCACUUAUUUCGUUAGUGUCUUUGCAUAUAACAGUGCAGGGCAGAGUCCUUUAGGUGAUGUAUUCAAUUACACAACUGCACCGUGCUGCCCCAGUAACUUCCGCGCAGUGCCGGUGUCGAGCGACACGGUGGAGGUGAGCUGGGCUCCCGUCCGCGGUGCUGAAAUGUACGAGACCAAGGCUGCCUCCGGGAGGGGGACGGUGCUGUGCAACGACACGGCCACCGCCUGCACCCUGUCUGCUCUGCGCUGCAACACCCGCUACAACGUCACCGUUUACUCCUUCAGCGAGGCCAGGGGCAGCAACACAUCGUGUGCAUCUAAGUAUGUGGCAACAGCUCCCUGCAGUCCUGAAAUUAAAAAUAUCUCAAAGGAGGCUCUUUCUGUGAUCAGUGUGCACUGGCAAUCUAACAACGAGGAAGCUACAUAUAUCGUAACUGCCCGAGGAGAGGCUGGCCUUUGGCAUUGUACAAGCUCUGGAAACUCUUGUACCCUAAUUAAUCUUCCCUGUGGAUCUGCUUUCUCUGUCAGUGUCAUAGCAAGAUCGUCAGCUGGACAGAGCUUGCCAAGCUACAGUGUCCCUUUAGAGACCGCUCCUUGUUGCCCUAACAACCUGACACUAACUCAAGUGACACAGUCGGUAACAAACGUCACCUGGUCUGCUGGAAUGGGUGCACACACAUAUGCAACGACACUGGAGUCUCCAAAGGGACAGGCAAGAUGUCACACUCUUCAGAACUACUGUCUCCUGGGAUGCAUCACAUGUGGCACCAACUACACGGUAUCACUGAAAGCCAUCAGUGAAACUGGUUUGACAUCCCAUUGCACAUAUCAAGGAUAUUCUUCCAGUGCUUGCUGUCCUUCUGGAGUGAAGCUAUAUAGACUUGGCAAUAAUGGUAUCCGGGUGUACUGGCGAGCUUCUGAAGAAACAAUAAGCUACACUACUGAUUUACGUGGCUCAAAAGGCAAUUUCACUUGUUCACCUCGCUCAGGUCUAAGUUACUGUGAUAUUACUGAGAUACCUUGUGGUGAUGUCUACACAGCAGUAGUAUCUCCAGCUAUGGAUAAGAGGCUGAAGCUCACCUUUUGUCCUAAAAAAAUAUAUUCAGUAACCUGUUCUGGAAGCUCUGUUGGAAUGGUGAUAUACAGAGGGAAGAGCAGUGCAGAACACGUCUAGAUGGAAAUUCUGGCUCAGAUGAGGAGGUAAGUUAUCAGGUCAGAAUUGCAAUGUACUAAUCAGACUUUUCCUUCUGCUAAAAUUGUUGGAAUUAGAGCAAUAAGCUUAAUCAAUUCUACCAAAUAACUGAUCUGUUGAAGUCCACCACGUUUACCUCAUGUUGUCUACUCCUUUGAUCAACACUGAUUGAUUCCCUCAUUCAGUAUCCCAUCUUUCACUCCCUUGAGUAUUUAUAAAAUUUUAUUACUUACUGCCAGAAGCGAAGCAAACAGAUCAAGAUACUCUCCAUUGCUCAUUUAUUUUCUUAUCUAAGAUUACUCCUCCCUUCCUCAAAGUACUAGCUUUCUGGGCAGUUCACUGUCCUUGUCUCAGAAGGAUGGCAAGAAGUCACUGCUGGCCUUUUUUUCUUCCUCCCUUCCCCCCCCCCCCCCCCCAGUUGAUCAUUUCCUCUUCACCACUUUCCUUCACUUCAGCUAUCCUGGAUGUUACUGACACUGUUAACAUCAUUCUCCCUAAAUAUCCUUUCCCUGAAGCUGGAAAGAUAUCUACAGCUAAUUGCAAGUCACAGAUACUUGAAGAUUGGGAAGAGGGAAGCUGGAGAUUUAAUCUAGGACACUGAAUUUCAGCCUCAACUGAUGAUGAGAUCGCUUAUAAAAUACACUUAACUUAAGAGAUCCUGGUAAUCUCUAACUGUAAUUUUCAGUGUAAAGCAAUCAGUUCUGAAAACUGUUCAGAACAUUCACUGAUCAGUAACAGUGUUCCAGACCUAAUGGAUACCAGAACAGUAAAGGCUGAAAUAAAAAAUUAAAUUUAACAAAGAGCAGUUCAGGUGCACUCAAAACUAGUUUGAGACUUCUAUGUUAUGCCUAUUUGAUAAAAGUGCAUGUAUCCUUGAUAACCUGGAGAGCUAAUUUAUGAACUCAACAUCCUUUUUUUUUUUUUUUUUUGCUUUGCUGCUGAGCUGACAGUUAUUACUAGCAUUGACUUCUUGGUUUUUGGAAAAGGCAUAACAUUUCCUCAUACUCCAUUGCGGUUACUUUUCCAGCUGACACAGACCUGUUUUUCUGCACAACUCACAUGAAAUAUUACACAGUAUGAUCAGACUGGGGUUUUUAUGUAAAAGUGUCGCUUUGUCUUCAAAAGAAAGAUCACGGAACGCAAACACUCUUCAAGUGGCAAUAAACAUGCAGGGAAAAGCUGAGACCCAAUACAAAGGAAUUAAUUGAGAGUUUAUUCCAGACGGUUCUUCUCACUUAGAAUACAAGUCAGAAUAAUCUAUCAAAUAGACCUGGACUUUAAUGACACGAUUUUUUUUCCUAUAACGCAUUUUGGUUUUUGCUCCUAACAACCUGUUUAAAAAGAAAAAUCUGCCAGAUGAAAUGUUCAGCACAAACUGCAAUCUUACUAUCUGUAGAAAAUAUGACUUAAAAAAAGGACACUAUCAGGUAAUUGUUAUUUUAAAUGUUUACACUUAUAAAAAUGCUUUGGAAGC